GUGCCUAAAGGAAUAUUCUUUCGUCUCUUUCAUCAUCCCCCACGCCAACCCAAGACACUCUUUCUCUCUCAUCCCCUGCCAUUCCUGGUUUGGUUGGUGGUGGCUCUGAGAGGAUAAGAGUGUGAAAAAUGGCAUUGGGAUUAGCUGCUAAUAGCAUCAUAAUAUCCCAGAAAAGAGCCUUCACUUCCUUGGCUUUCUCUGCUUCAAAGCUUCUCUCAAAUCGUCCUUCCCAUCCACAAUCGCAACGUAUUUGUCCAAUCACCAUCACUGCCACUGCCUCUUCGUCAAUUGCUAAGGCCACCCUCUCAGAUGUUCAACUUCAAGACUCCAAUCCCACCUCCACCCCCACUACGUGGUCAGAAUUUGCGAGAAAUGCAUCGGGUGAAUGGGAUGGGUAUGGAGCAGAGUUCUCAAAGGAAGGGAAGCCAAUCGAACUUCCUGAGUCUGUUGUACCUGAAGCUUACAGGGAGUGGGAGGUCAAGGUGUUCGAUUGGCAAACUCAGUGCCCCACUCUUGCUGAACCAGAGGGUCAGGACCGCCUUCUUACAUAUAAGUCAAUCAAGCUACUUCCCACUGUUGGAUGCGAAGCCGAUGCCGCUACGCGGUAUAGCAUAGAUGAGAGAAGUAUCGGAGGUGGCGAAGAUGGCAAUAAAGUCUCUGCCUUUGCAUAUCAAGCUAGUGGGAGCUACGUGGCUGUGUGGCCAAUUGAGGAUCUGGGUGCGCAUAAAUUGUUGGAGUUGGAGUACUGUUUGGUCAAUCCUCAAGACCGGGAGUCCCGUGUGAGGAUAAUCCAGGUUGUCCAAGUCGAUAGUGAGAAGAAGAUGGUGUUGCAGAAAGUUCGAGUUUUUCGUGAGCAGUGGUACGGGCCUUUCAGGAAUGGGGAGCAGUUAGGUGGGUGUGCUAUCAGAGACUCUGGAUUUGCUGCUACUGAUGCCACGGAAGCCUUGCAAGUUGUUGGUGUUUGGCAGGGUCCUCAUGCUGUUGCCAGUUUCGAUCCUAUUCAGAAUGACUUACUUCAAGAACUUCUAGAUGCUGGUGUGCGGAAGUCAGUAAGAGAUGAAUGUGGCCUCAUAUUGCUUCCCAAGCAACUAUGGUGUUCAAUAAAAGAAAGUACAGAUGAUGAUGAGACUUGUAGUGAGGUGGGAUGGCUCUUUGAUCAUGGACGUGCAAUCACAUCAAGGUGCAUCUUCUCCGCUGCAAAGUUGAAGGCAAUGUCGGUAUCACGUGAAACUAGAGCUGCGUAGGUUGUGUGGUAAUUGAAAUCGAUUCAGAUCGGCUUUCACCUAAAGAGUAACACAGACAUUUGACUGGUACAUUAAAUGUACGUAGGUCGAAUUCAAUCAGAAAAAGUUGUGAUGAAAGUGUAUCUUAUUGCUUUUAUGUUACUUGAUUGAAAAGUGAAAGGAUAAAUACCACAACCCAUCUGCACA